CGCACACCUCCACAGCACCGCCAGCAUCAGGAAAAGACAGUUGACGUUGCUACGCCUUGCUAGAUGAUUGGCGAGGUAAGAUGGCGGCGCCAGAGGAGCCAGAAUUAUCCCAGGCGCAGACCGAAAAACUCCUCCAAUUUCAGGACUUAACUGGUUUGGAAUCAAUGGACCAAUGUCGUCGAACAUUAGAGCAACAUAAUUGGAACAUAGAGGCUGCAGUACAAGACAGACUUAAUGAGCAGGAGGGAGUGCCGAGUGUGUUUAACCCUCCUCCAUCCAGACCGCUUCAGGUCAAUACAGCAGACCAUAGAGUAUAUAGUUACAUCGUUUCAAGGCCACAACCCAGGGGAUUACUAGGAUGGAGUUACUACUUGAUAAUGCUACCUUUCAGAUUUACAUAUUACACACUUCUGGACAUAGUCAGGUUUGCCCUGAGGUUCAUCAGGCCAGAUCCUCGUGGUCGUGUGACAGACCCUGUUGGAGAUGUUGUGUCUUUCAUUCAUAGUUUUGAGGAGAAGUAUGGCCGGUCACACCCUGUAUUUUACCAGGGAACAUACAGCCAGGCACUGAAUGAUGCCAAACGGGAGCUCCGCUACCUAUUAGUGUACCUUCACGGGGACGAUCAUCAGGACACUGACGAGUUUUGCCGCUCCACGUUAUGUACGGAAGAAGUCAUAACUUUCCUCAACGCGCGAAUGCUCUUUUGGGCCUGUUCAACGAGCAAACCUGAGGGCUACAGAGUGUCCCAAGCAUUGCGAGAGAACACCUACCCAUUCCUGGCCAUGAUAAUGCUGAAGGACCGCAAGAUGACAGUGGUAGGCAGGCUGGAGGGCCUCAUUCAGCCUGAAGACCUCAUCAAUCAGCUCACUUUCAUCAUGGAUGCCAAUCAAACAUAUCUGAUGUCAGAGCGCCUUGAACGCGAGGAGAGGAACCAGACCCAAGUGCUAAGGCAGCAGCAGGAUGAGGCCUAUCUUGCAUCCCUCCGUGCCGACCAGGAGAAGGACCGAAAGAAAAGAGAGGAGCAGGAGCAGCGGAGGCAAGAGGAGGAGAAGGUCCGACAGAGCGCUCUCGCCGAGGAGCGGAGACGACAAACACUCGAAGAGGAGAAGGAGAGGAAGUCAGAAUGUCUUCCUCCGGAGCCACCUGCAGAUGAUCCAGAAAGUGUCAAAAUAUCGUUUAAGCUGCCCAAUGAUACACGAGUAGAGAGACGAUUCCUGUUUGGCCAGUCUCUGACGGUAAUAUACGACUUCCUUUUCUCGUUGAAAGAAACUCCAGAGAAGUUUCAGAUAGUUACAAACUUCCCUCGCCGAGUCUUGCCCUGCCUUCCAACUGAAGAGCAGCCCAACCCACCCACACUGAAAGAGGCGGGACUCAGCCGCUCCGAGGUCCUUUUUGUUCAGGACCUUACGGACGAUUAAUAGAUGACAUACCUCUUCUACGUGGAAACACACUUUCCUCCAACUCCCACCAACUCCCCCUCUUUUGUUUUUUUCUUUUUCAUAUUUUGUUAAAUGGCCAUUAUGCAUAAGGGAUCAUUGAGAUAAAAUCCUAACCUGGAAAAAUUUAACCACCCUGCAUCCAGUCCUUGUUUGGUUGUGUUUACAGGGUUCCCAAUAGCCUGGAAAGUCUUGAAUUUUAUCAAAUAAAUAUUUCUUGAAGUCCUCCCUUGAACUCAUCUUUACGUCUGUGUGGACAGAGUUUGUUUUCCAUCGUCAGUACUAUCUACCAGUUAAUUCUUGUCCUUCCUCACCAUUAAAUGUUGCAGCAACGGAUUAAUCAUCUACUGAAAUGUACUGAAACAGUAGCAUAGCUUUGUGCAAAACCAGAACCAUAUCCCAAUCGAAUUCAUGUCUGGGCAACUGACAAAGACGGGCUGUAAUAAGAGCUGCUGACAUACAGGAUACAGCAUGGAGGAAGACGUGUUUUUAUAAUGGUGUUGAAUGCCUUUUUUUUUUCUGUCAGAACUCAUGUUUGAUCUAUUUGUCCUAAUUCAGCAUCCUGUUUGCCUGAAGUUUCCACGUUUCCUCCGCAGCAAUUGACGAACACAACAAAUCUGUUCCAAGUUUGGUUUGCUGUGGUUGUUAAUCCGUGUGGCAAAGGGAGCAGGCUGGUGGAUUUGGACAUAAAGGAAAUAUGGGAACCCUGUUAAAAAUGAGCCAUGACCUGUACAUAAGUUAGAUAUUUAAAAUCUCCAAAUUUACCUUACUUAUUUUUUGUUUUUUUGUUUGUUUUUUUGACUCAUCUGUGUCAUAAAAUGACCAAAUGCAGGUUGGUUACUAUGUAAAGCAGACUGCCUCAAGUUCAUGAAGUUCAAAAAUACAAUAUUUAACAGAGCAGAGGCCACAGCUUUUACAUGUGGCUUAUUCUAGUAUAGUACGAGUCUGCCCAUAGUGUGCCUGUGGUUACUCAUAGAUGCCUGUUUUGCCUGUAACAUCUAAAUGGGCUCAUGUAAAGAUGUAAUUUUCCAACUAUAAAUUAAAAACAUUUUAAAAACGUG